AUGGCUGAUGUAGAGGUUCAACGUGAUCAUGACCUGUGGGCUUGUGGGUUUGAGGACAAGCUGAUUGACAUGUUGUACCAAGAAACAUUCGAAGAUAAAUUGGUGGGGUCCAAAAUAACAAACCGUGACUGUGUCCGACUAGCUGAGCGCCUCAAUAACCUGCGUAUUAAGCGGGUUGAUUUAUCACAAGUGAAGGGAAAAAUCGCUCGUCUUAAAAAGAUACAACACCAGUUUACAGAUUUAAUGGGUCAAACGGGCAUGGGUUGGAACCCCAUCACAAAAACUGUAAUUGGUUCGGACGAACAUUGGGCAAAUGCGAUUCGGGUCCGAUCUGAGUGGACAAAGUUCAAGAACAACGGUUGUGGCAACUACAACGUCCUCUGCAUGAUUUUUGGUCAGGCGGUCGCAACAGGGGUGUUGCAUUUUGCCUCAACGCAAGAACCCCCCUCUAGAGAAGAAGAGCAGCAUCUGAAGGAUGAAUUGAGGGCCCGGGGUCCCAUGUUUGGCACUGGCACUAGAUUAGACUCGACUAUGGAUCUGGAUGCCAUCGAGAUCACUCCCGAAACACAAGGAGGGGCGCCGCAGCAAAUGACUCCUCGACGACGACGUAGGGAUGCAGCCGGGCCAUCAAUCUCACCAGAUCUAGCUGAUGCCUUGAAAACAAUUACCGCUAGUUCUAAAGCGCGGGCAGAGUUAGAUGCAAAGAUGUUUGACCUAUGCAGUUCAAAGUGCAGUAGAGGCGAGAGUUCAAAUACUGGGUCUGAUACAGGUUAUAACAGUGUUACACAGUGUAUGCAGUUUUUGUAUGAUAUCACCCCCUCCCCUACAUUUGGACGUCCAGCUUGCCGCAACAAAAGCUUUUUUGGAUCCUAA